GAGUCCACGAGCGCCGCCGAUGCGGAUGCGGUCCAACUGCAGAUCCCAAUCAACACGGCACAGCCACCCGCGGACGACCGCCCCCGCCCUCCAGACGCGAACCAACCUCGUCCCGCCCGCCCUCCCCCCGCCUCCCUCUCCAUGCCAUGCCAGCCUCUGUAUAUGACGCUGCCCGUUCCCUCCGCUAACGGCGCCACAGACCCCAAAGGUCUGAUAAGUCUUUGAUUUGCUAGUACCGGCAUCGCCUGCUUCGCUUUCGUCACGUUCUUGAUUUGGGCGGGCGCGGAGAUUUAGAACGGUGCUGAAUUUACAAUCUUGGGACCAAGAGGAGAACUACUCUCAAUGAUGGAAAUGGUAUUGCCAGUCGCGAAUGCUACGGCUGCGGCACUUGCACGGGUUUCUGCUGUGUUCAAUGCCCCACUUGCCCGUGCUGUUGUCUUUGGGAUUCAUAUUGAUGGACAUUUGGUUGUGGAAGGGCUUCUCAUUGCUGCCAUACUGUUUCAGCUCUCCAGGAAGAGCUACAAACCUCCAAAGAAGCCACUCACUGAGAGGGAGGUUGAUGAGCUCUGUGAUGACUGGCAACCGGAGCCUCUAUGCCCACCCAUCAAGGAAGGAGCACGGAUCGACACGCCUACAUUAGAAAGUGCUGCUGGACCUCAUACAACUGUUGAUGGAAAAGAAGUUGUAAACUUUGCAUCAGCAAACUACCUUGGUUUGAUUGGCAAUGAAAAGAUAAUUGAUUCCUGUGUUGGCUCAGUGGAGAAAUAUGGUGUUGGAUCAUGUGGACCACGAAGCUUUUAUGGAACUAUUGAUGUGCACCUUGACUGCGAGAGUAAAAUAGCAAAUUUCCUGGGAACCCAAGAUUCAAUCUUGUACUCCUAUGGGAUAUCAACCAUCUUCAGUGUAAUUCCUGCCUUUUGCAAGAAGGGAGAUAUCAUUGUAGCUGAUGAGGGUGUUCACUGGGCUGUGCAAAAUGGUUUACAGCUUUCAAGAAGCACUGUUGUAUAUUUCAAGCAUAAUGACAUGGCUUCACUUGCGAGCAUUUUGGAAAAACUAACUCAUGGAAACAAACAUACAGAAAAGAUUAGGCGCUAUAUUGUUGUGGAAGCUAUUUACCAGAAUUCUGGCCAAAUUGCUCCCUUGGAUGAGAUAGUUCGGUUGAAGGAGAAAUACCGGUUUCGUGUUAUAUUGGAGGAGAGCCAUUCUUUUGGUGUUCUUGGCAAGUCUGGACGUGGCCUUGCUGAACACUAUGGAGUUCCUGUGGAAAAAAUAGACAUUAUUACUGCUGGAAUGGGAAAUGCGUUAGCUACCGAUGGUGGUUUUUGUACAGGAAGUGUCAGAGUUGUUGAUCAUCAGCGUCUAAGCAGCUCUGGUUAUGUUUUUUCUGCCUCGUUGCCACCAUACCUUGCUAGUGCAGCAAUGUCUGCUGUGAACCACCUGGAGGAGAACCCAUCAGUUCUCGCCAAUCUAAGAUCAAACAUCGCCCUUCUGCAUAAAGAGUUGUCAGAUAUACCCGGGCUCGAAAUUGCUAGCAAUAUCUUGUCACCUAUUGUCUUUCUCAAAUUGAAGACACCAACCGGUUCUGCUGUUGCUGACCUGGAACUCCUUGAGAUUAUUGCAGAGAAGGUCUUGAUGGAAGAUUCAGUCUUCAUUGCAGCAACAAAGAGGUCGAGUUUGGACAAGUGUCGGCUCCCGGUUGGAAUCCGCUUAUUCGUGUCAGCUGGUCACACUGAAUCUGACAUCUUCAAAGUAUCUGCAUCCCUGAAGAGGGUUGCAGCAUCAGUUGUCUAGUGAGUUUAUACGGCUGUUGAGCGACUGUUGAUCUCAGCUUCUUACAUGAUGUGUCCUACAUUUAGGUACAUAAUUUGUAUGUUCAUCGAUCUGGCGCAAUUCAUUGUCAUAUUUACCAAGAAUACAAAUAAGAUUUUGUAGCAUAGUUUGAAUUAAGGAUCUGAUAGCUUCGCUCUUGUGUAGUAUAUGUGUGCAUUGGCUGAUUUCUUCAACCGUCUAGCACUACUACAUUGCUUACAUAGUGAUGUAGUUUUCUCAUUUUCUCUCCUCUGUCAAGAACUCUUGAAAGUAGUAGUGAAAAAAUGGAUAAAUUGUAUUGUGACAAUGAGCUAUAGAAAAUAGUGACAGUCAAGUGAA